AUGAGUGUUGGUGAUAAUCAGAGCUUAACAUUACAUGAACUUGAUUCUUUAGUCUAUUUGGAUUGUGUUAUCAAUGAAACGCUGCGCUUUUAUCCAGUUGUUCAGGGAAUCUUCCGUACGUUGACAGUUGAUGAUCGUCUCCCUGAAAAUAAUGUUCAAUUGUAUAAAGGUGAUACAGUUGUCAUUCCAUUUAACACUCUUGCACAUGAUCCUCGAUACUGGUCAAUCGAUCCUGAACGUUUUGCUCCAGAGAGAUUUUUAGACGAGGAUAAAAAUCAUCAUCCAUGCGUAUUCAUGCCAUUUGGUGGUGGUCAUCGCCAAUGUAUUGGACAAGGUUUAGCACGGUUUGAACUUAAAGUGAUUAUUGCAAGAAUGUUACAACAAGUUACAUUUGGCGAUGGUGGACCGAAAGUUAAUUCAGGUGGAUUUGUAACAGGUCUCACUAUUACACCGAAAAAUGUUGGUGUUACCAUCGAGUUUCCUUGA